UCUUGCUCGUCUCUCUGGACUCGCCUCCCGCACCGUACGGUUUGUUUUCGUCACGCGUGUUACCGAAUAAUACUACGGGGCUCAUUGUCCGUAUACAUUCACUUUUCGCGUCUACCGUUUUGCGGGUGAUAUUCCGAUCGACGUGUCCGUCGGCGCGUAAUUCGCGGGUUAUACGUUAUCGUACACGGCCGGGCGUACACAAAUAUUGGACGAAUAAAUGCCCGAGUCCAGCCGACAAUAUGCCAGUUUCGCCGAGCGCCGCCGUCGCCGGUCUAGCAUGUGAUGCACGCAAAACGGAACAGUAAUCGACGACGCCGAAGACAGCCACGCGCAGAUAGUGUACCAGCCGACCGUAGAGUUCGUCCGCGCGCCACCUCGUCACACUGGCCAACAGGUAAAAUUCCAAGUGCAAGGCCGGCGGUGUAACACACCGAAUUACUACCUUACCAGUGUCGGUUGGCCACCCGGGCGCCUGUCCGUUUCGUUGUUGUUUCCGGCUAUUCCGUUCCAAUUGAUCGUUGAAUUUUCAACAACCCGACUUGGUUUCUCGAUUUCGGACUGUCGGUCAACCACGAGACGGUCCGCCGGCUACUUCCGACGCUGGGAGACGUGUCGGAUUGCUUUUGAUAAUUUACGAUCGACGAACUGGUCACGCUCGGUAUCCGAACGCCGAUGCCGAAUAUUGUAUUACAGGCUUGUCCACUUUAACCGCGUCCCGGACGUUCUUCUCGUUGUCCAUUAGAAAUUUAAUGAUUUUACGCGUCUCUGGGGCCAUCGUUUAUUGUCUGUUGGUUCUGGUGGUUUGUCAAUUAAUAACUGUACGGUCGCAUAAUCCCUUCAGAUGUGCUACGUCAAAUCUCUCCUACACCCUGGGUAUUCAAAACCCUUCAAUGCGCCGCGUACGUUGGCCGUUUCACUGCGGUUAUCCGAUUAGUACUUCACUACACUUCGGCUUAUCUAAUUGUAUUUUCAGAUGUGUUUUAUCACGUCGUAUCGGUAUUGACAAUCGCACGAGUCUGCCAAUAAUAUUAUGUUUAUUUUUAACGCCUAACAGCUCGGAAUUUAUAUUGGGUGUAAGUUUUCUCACCGACGUAUUUAUACAAAUCCGCGUUAUUCCCUCGUAAUUCAUUAUAAAUUGUGUUUGUUAUAUGAUCAGACAUUGUUUUCGUAUUUUAUGUAAUAGAUGGGUAGACAAAUGUAUAAUUAUAAAUUAUGUAAUGCUCAAAAUUAAAAUAAGUUUCUUCCAAGUGACCCCAAGUAACUAUCUGUUAUAGAAUGCCUAUUCGUUUGCUUAUAUGUAAGUUUUGCAUAUCCUGUUGGCUGUUAUGCAAUACCAAUAAACUAUUGAUUUGUUAGUAGUUAUUCAUUGAAGUGCCCUUAACAUUUAAAUUAAUUGUGUGACAAUAAUUAUUUAUUAGGUAGGUAUUGUGAACAUUAGGUGCAUAUACCUAAUUUAAUAAUUAUGAUUAGGUACAUCCCUUGGUGUAUCUAUCUACCUUAAUUAAAUUUGUUGUUUUAAUAGUUAUUAUUAUUCUAUCAAAUAAGACAUAAACCUAAAUUAUUAAUGUUACUUAAGUAGGUGUACAUUUCAUUUUAAGACAAUUAAAAAAAUAUAAUAAUAUUCAUAUUUUUCAUAUUUCUUGUUAUACCUAAGUACUAAGGCCAAAAUUAGCUUAUGUUAUUGUUGAUGGAUGGGUGUAUUUAUCAUGUAUAGAAUAUCUAAAUUACUAGUUGGUUUUAAAGCACUUUAUUUUUCUUUAAUGAACAAUUUAAUCUUAAAUUUUAUGAUAGUUAAAUUAAUAUUAAAUUGUAUUAUUAUUUAUUAAAUGAAAAUUUGAAUUAUUGAUGAAAAUAUCCCUAAUGUUAAAGAAAAUUAAUUUACUACAUUUGAACAUGAACAUAUUUUAUCUAUCUAUCGUAGUUUAUGAUUUUAAAAGACUAUCGUCAAUUAUUUGUUAAUAUUAUAUUGUCAAUAUUGUCAAUUGAAUAAUAAGUACUAUAAUACUAUACCUUCAAUAGUAGGUGAAAGUUUUAUUAUGAAAAUAAAGUUAACUAUUGAACAACUUGUAUUUUUAAUAUAAGUAGCUAUGAUUGAAAUGUAUGAAGGUUCAGAUAUUAGUGUAAGAUGUGUGUGUGUGUGUGUGUGUGUGUGUGUAAUAAAUGCCGAUUUUGGGUGUUGGAGAAGUUCUGCAUCAGGGUUCGGUUUUGAAUCUUUACCUGUUUUUUGUUGUAAAGAAUAAAGUUUCUAAGACACAAAAGGCAAGGUACUAUAGUGUACUAUGUUUGCAGAUUAGGUAUAUAGUUUUGAUAGGAGACAAUUUUAAAGAAGUUAACAAUAAGUUUAAGGAAUAGAGACUAGCACUUGAAGGAAAGAAAUUAAGGAUAAGUAAAGGUAAAACGAGAGUUUAUAGAGUACGAUUUUGGAGGGAUAAAAUAUGGCAAUAAACGGUGACAUAAUAGACGAAGUUGAGAGUUUUAGGUACCUGGGAUUUUUUGUACAGCGGAAUGGUAGCUUUGACGAGCAUAUGAAAUAGGUUUAAGUGGGGAGAAGCGUCAAGUGUUUUAUGUGACAAGAUAAAUCCAAUGAGACCUAAAAGAAAGUUCCAAAAGUGUGGUGAAACCGACUAUGGUAUGUAUGGUUCGGAGUUUUUUCAGAGAGAAUAACAGAGAAUGAUUGUAUCAGAGUUGAGAAAACUUAGGUGGAUGAAUUGAUUAACAAGAAAAAAUAGGAUAUGACGAGAUAUUACACGUUUAAUUAUAGUUUGGGGGAGAGUAGUGGUGCAUUAAUAACACUCAACUACUCUCCUUCACCCCAAACUUAAAUGUGAAAUAUCUCGUCAACAGAAAUCAAAAAUUUCAACACUAAAAUUGAUUUUAACUAAUACUCCAUUAAUUUAUGAACUUUUUAAUAUAGGUUCUCAUUUGAAAAUCAAAAGUAGGUAAUGGUUUUAACCCCAAAAAUAAGGAUGACAAAUUAUAACAUAAAUAUAAAAUUGUAUAGCUGGUUGUUUCUUAAAUGUUCUAGAAAACAAAUUCCGGAAAAAGCUUAUACUUUCCGAGAUAAUGAGUAUACCUACCUAAAUGAAUCAUCUGGUAUAAUUAUAUAGGCACCUACAAUUUUAAUAAAACAAUAAUAUGAUGAGAGGACUACAAAUUGCUUAUAAAUAAAUUUGAAUUAUCUGCCUAGUUUGGUUGUGAUGCUUAUUAAUUAAGUACAGAAUUAAUUAUUAAUAUGUUAUCUAAACUGUAACAUGAGAAUAAGUGGAAAGUUGUCAAAUUCAAUGUUAUAUAUUAUCAAUAUAAUAAAAAUUAUAAUUACUUCAAGUCUCACUCAAAAAAUCAUUAAUGUCAGCAUUUUUCAGAUCUUUUUAUACACUAGAAAAUUAUUGCAUAAGUAUGUCUUUAUUCAAAACUAUAUUAUGUAUCCACUCCAGUUAAAAGUAAUAUAUUAUUAUGGAAUGAAACUCAAGUAAUCUCAUGUAAUGUUAUGGUUCAGGUACCUAUCAAAAACAUCAUGUUUAAAAAUUUAACUUAACCAAAUUUAUUGUAUUGUAAUAAUACUUAGGUACUAAAUUUUAGUGAAAUUAAUAAAACUUUUAAAUUAUGAGAUUUUGUGUCUAUGUAUUUCAUUUUGAAUAGGUACAAUUUUAAUAAAAUUGAAUAAUUGUCUUAUACAACCAGUGAAAGUACAAACCUAAUGAUACUUAAUAAUUGUCUUUUAAUUUUAGAAUGGCAUCUGAUAGUAACAUAACAACAACAACGAUUGAAACCAUCAUUCCACGAAUUGUGCAAAUGCCAUCGAAUCCAAUAUUUUUACAAACGACCGCUGCACAAGUGAUUGCUGGACUAUUUGUUUGGACAGCUGUAUUUGUUACAUGCCAACAGGUAAAAUAUUAUAAAAAUAAUUCAUCCAGAUUAAUAUUGGUUGGUAGAUUGUGUAAAAAUCAUAAAAAAAAUAUACUUUUUAUAAAGUCUUUGUAAGAUCUUGGGUUGUACUAAAGGACAAAUUAAUAUGUUUUUUAUUUUCAUUGUUUGCAUAUACCUAUAAUGUAAAUUGAACAUAAGUCCAUAUUCAAUAUAUUAAAUAUAUAGGUUGUUUGUCGGGUAUAACCUUACCUAUAAAUGAUGUCGUUUCAAUUUAAUAUGGCCUUAAAAAAAAUCAAUUAUUCAAAUUUCCAAUGCCUUUUAUAUAAAAAUGAAAAAUUAAUGGAGCGUAAAAAUGCACUGCCAUAAUUUUGUUACAGAACAUUAAUCCUUCUUGUUACAUAUUUUGGUAAAUAUUAUUUAUCAAAAUUUGUAUGGCAAUUUAUUCUUUGACAUUUUGUCAAUGUGUUUCAAUUUGUUUUCAAUUAUGUACAACUUUAAUGGGUUUUCUUUGAAAUUUCUCAAACAAAAAUCGUUGGUUUAUUUAUUAUCUAUAGAAUGCUUUAUGGAAAUUAUUUUAUUAUUUCACCAAUAGAAAAAAUUAUAUACAUUUUUUUUAGAAAGGUCAGUUAAAAAAAAAAAACCAAUUUCAUAUUUAAAAAAGCUGUUUAUUUUCAACUAUGGUACCUAAUAUAAUAUGUAACUCAUUUUUCCAAAAUAAGUUUCUUUCAACUGAUCCAAACUAAUUAUUUUUCCAAUAAACAUUUUUUUAUAAACGAGCUUUCCAUAUUCACUGUUAUGUAAUAGUAAUACACUAUUUAUUAAUUAAUAGUAAAUAGUUAUUUAUUGUAAUGCCUUAACAUUUUAAAAUUAACUAUGUGACAAAAAGUUUAAAGUACUGUAAUCAUACUAUCUUAUUUAACAAUUAUUAUUAUCCUCGUUAUUGUCUUUAUAAGAUAAACAUAAACUUAAUUUAUUAAUGUUAGGUAGGUACUCGGGUAGGUAUAUUUAAUUUUGAUUCAAUUGUAUAAGUAGUUUUUUAUUUUUCUCGAGGAUCACUUUUUGGAUCAGUUUGAAUGUUCAAAAAGUUUCAUUAAUCAAUUUUUAUUUUUAGAAAGCUAGGUACUAUAAAUAAAUAAUAAUUAAAUAUUAUUUUCUCUAAACAUUUACCCUAACUGUUCUAACUUAUAUUGCCAUUGAAAUUAUGACAUGCCUAAUUAUUAUUCUAUGUCGCUGAAUUAAUUAUGAAAUAAUUAAGUCAAAUUAGUUAUUUCAAUACAUUUCAAAAUGUAUUAUUAUUUCCUGUUUGUAAAAUAAACUUAUUGGCAAUCUUUAAAAAUAUAUGUAUAGGAAUAUAAGGAAAUUGUUUUAAAGAUAAUUGAAUAUGUCAAGUAGAUAGGUAAUGAUGAUAAAGGAAAAUUUGUCUUUAACAAUCUAUGGACACAUACUUACCUAACUUGAGUUUCACAAUAAUAUCUUAUUGUAUCAAUAACUAAAUUUUAAUUAGGUAAUAAAAUUUGAUUUGAAAUAUUUUAUCCCGUCUACCAUUUCAGUUGAUUUUUAUACAAUAUCAAAGUUUAGGUAAUUUUUAAGCUGUUAAUAUUUUUGUAAACUAUUUUAAAAGAACAUCAUUAACAUGACAUGUAUUUGAUAUAAUUAUUAUAGGUAGACUAUAUUAUUAUGUUACCUAUAUUGGAGUGUAUAGGUGAUAAUAAUAAUAAUAAUCUUUGUGUGUCUAAUCGUAAUAAUGAUCAAGGUUCUUAAUAUCGACUGUCAAGGUGAAUAUUGUGGCUUUGGAUCCAUAUUAUCCUUUCUUUCGUUCAUGACAUUAUUUGCAAAAUAUUAUUUUGUUGUUUUUAGUUUUAAUAAAACCACAUUGGAUAACUAUAUGUUUAACAAACAUUGAAAUAUUGUUAGUUUUUAUGAGUUUUAUGUUAGUAUGAAAGAAAUAUCUUUGUAUUUAGUUCGUUACUACUAGAACAUUAAAAAAAAAAACCAAUUGUAUAGGUGGAUGUAAAUAUAGUUAUUUUAUUUGGACUGUAGUCAUAAACGAUUAGUUCUGGGAAAUAAAACGAAAAGUACAGUUAUUACUCUAGUUAUUACUAUAAAAUAAACUACAAUAAAGAAAAUAAAGAUGUUAAAUUAAUAAUAUGUACCUACGAUUACUUAGAUACAUAAUAUAUAGUGAUUAGUUGAUCACAUUAUAAUUAUUAUUGUUAGUAACUACAAAGCCAAGCAAUGUAAAUUAAAUUUCGAUCAAUCAAUUUGACAGCAAGACAAUAUAAUAUUUUAAUUUCUACGAUAAACAAUUCAAAUUUUAAAGUUCCUAGGUACACGGGUACCGAUUUUCCGGUUAAUUUUUAUUUCUCGUUGUUCAAUAUUCCAAGUGGAACUGGGAAUUUUAAUUUAAACGUUUCCGCGUUUUUCGACGAAUAUUUAAUAUAACGUGCAUUUUAUAUAUAUUUAUACACACAGUUUUUCCGAAACGUUUCUCUAAGUACUGGGAAGUUCGACAAUUACCUACCUCUAAUUUAGUUACUGUAAUUCCCGCCCGCAUGCCUUAUGGUUGGUAGUGACAUGGCAUUAUAAACCUGCAUUGACGUACUGUUUAUUGUCUGGUUUAUUGCCUCGGGGUAAAUAUUUACCAAAAGGAAAUAAUAUACGCGCACGUAUACAUCGUUGUAAACAAAUAUUAUGUUUGCGGUUAAAAAUGUUUUUAUAUUGCGUUAGCCUCGUGUAAUAUUCGGUGUUUACUGUGGACGUUUAAACGUAUCAUAAUGUAUCCAGCGAUACGAAAGUUUUGGGGGAAAAAAAAAAAAAAACAUUUUUCCGGGCGUUUCGAACGCACGAACAAUCCCAGACCGAAAAUGUCGCGCGUAAACGAACUUUAGUACACCGUCGAAUGUCAUUCCGGGAGUGCGAAUCGCGACUGGAGAACGAAAUGAAUAAUGCAUUUUCCAUAUGGUAAUGAAAUUUAUAAAUUAUUCGGGCGAUUUUCACUUGUCGCCUAUUCGCUUCUUGGCGCUGUUCGUACCUCCGAAAUCUGAAUGAUAUUAUUUUUCGCCGCCGUCCGGGAAAUAAUAAUUCGAUUUCCAGAAAUUGCGGUUUUGUGAGAGCACGCCGGGCACACCUGUGUAGUGGCGCAGUUUUUAUUUUUAAUUAAGGAACGAGCACGCGGGAUCCGUUCGUUUCGGUUUCCAAAGCUUUCGUCUGCACCUGCAGCAGUACGGUCCAUCAUCUCGUCUCGGAUACGUAAUCGGGGCUACUGAAUUGGAUGACCCACUGAUUCAAAGUGAUGCGGCCAGUCAUAGGGUUAAAUCUGUGUGUUCGCUCCUUAAACGAUAAAUAUCCUUAAAAUACGUGUGAUAAUAAUUAACUGAUAGAUAUAAUCCGUUUAAUCGAUUAGCAUUUGGUAACCAAGCAAAGACGUAUUAUUUACAUGUUUAACAUUCUUAUUUUUAGAUUCUGAGCGUAGAAAAGCUUAUGGUUUUACGAAAAUGUUUAUUUUUAUCAGAGCGCAGAUUUCCUACCAGAAAUCUUACUCCGAUUUUUAAGUAUAGCACUUUUUCGGAAAGGAAAUCGGUGUGGGGAGGUACUUUAGGGAAGUUAUUUUUCGAUUUUCUCAGGAGAUUUAUCAUCAAAUUUGAAAAACUGAGAAAAAUCAGAAAAAUAUAAGAAAUGUAGGUAUAUUAGUUAAAAUAUAUUACGAUUUUUUUUUUUUUUUUUUUUUUUGUACAACUUCUGUACCAGCAAUUUUGCUCCAAUUUACAAUGACAGUAAUCUUUCUAAAAGAAAAUCAGACGAGGAAGAUACUUUAGAGAAAUUAUUUUUCAAUUUUCAAUAGUUUUCCCAGAAAAUGUGAAAAACCAGGAAAUUCUGUACAACAUUAAACAAAUGUUAUAAAAGAAAAUAUAUAAAGCCUAUUUAAUUAUUUUAUUAUAGUAUGGCAUAUAUUAUACCGUUGACCGUAACGCUAUCAUAUGAACUCCGCUCAGAAUCGUUUAUUCGUAAGCAAUGGUUUAUCGUUACUUACAGGUAUACAUUAAAUUGCCUAUAACAAUGGCAGCACCCGUCCUCGUUAUCCUUGGACUUUUUUUUACAACGCCGCUGGAAUUUCGAGCUGCACACUUUACAUUUUGUACCUACUGUACACACUUUGAUCUUUAAAAUACAAUAUUUGUAGACCAUUCUAAGCAAGUGUAAACUGCAGUGGAGUGACGUGUUGAUAUUAAAAAGUUAUGACGCCCACUUGAAAUGCGGCGCCCAGGGUCAUUUCCCCCCCUCUCUUAAUACGUUCCUAUAAUCAAGACUUCCAGACUUUGAAUUCGUCAUUCUCUUGUUUGGGUACAAUGGUCAACAGUUUUUCAUUUCAUAAUUUAAAACAAUUUUAUCACACACAUUAACUAAACACAUUGUUUUUUAGUGCGUGCGUUUUAAACACAGUUUAAACGAAUGUAUAAAACGUGCAAUUACCAUACCUGUAUCCUCUUUUUUUCUACUGUCAAUAUACAAAAGUGACCUACCUUACCUUAUAGAGCUCUGCACGGUUCGGUUUUUUAAAAACCCGACCGGACCAGUAAAGUGAAAUUAAGACUAGGACCGAACCGGACUUAUAGAAUAAAUCAUGAGACUGGACUGAACCGUUUAUUUUUUUCUUAACUAAAUAAGACCGAGACCAGACUGUACAAAAUUCUACUAACAGGUGUUGUUCCGGACGUAAAAACUAAUAGGAAAGUAUUUUUCCCUGAACAAAAUUGUGUUGUAUGAAUGAACAGUUUGCAGAGCAUGUUUCCUACAAUAAAACUUUCGUGAAAAGUUAUCCAUAGUAUUAUAAUUUAUUAAAAAUUAUAAUUAUAAUUUUGUUUAACCAUAAAUAAUUUAAACAUUUUUAAGGUAAUUAUAUUUAGAGUAUAGACACUUUGAAAAUUAAUUACUUUUGAAUGUAAUAAAAUUAAAAUAUAUUUUUGUUUUUAUAUUAUUUUUUUGGGGAGGAGGGGAAUACAAAAACUUUCUUUUUUUUUUAUUUUUUAAAAUUAAUAUUUUUUUCAAAUUUCUAAUGCUCUAAUCAACAUAAAUUGUUGAAGCAUCGGAUGCCACAGAGGAUCAGCGAUUUAGCGUCUCCUUGUAUAAAAUAUUUUUGAUUAUUUGAAUUAUUAAAAAUUGAAAUAAAUUUGGCAACAAAACAUUUUGCAUUAAAACGAUCCCAGCCUUUUCUCAUUCCCCGUGACGUUCCCGAAGAUUUUCCCCGGCGUUUUCGUUUCCGUGAACAGAACUACAACACCAUAAUAGGCCUACCCGUGGUGCGAAGUGUAUUCGGAUUUUUCGUUAAAAUUAUUGUUCCGUCGUUAAUAUGUGUACAUUUAAUAUGGUUUUUUUUUCGGGUUCCGUCCGUUUCAUUGGAUGAAACGUGUAUACGCAUUGCGUUAUAGGAAACUUCCCGAUGACACAAACAUCAAUAUAAUUUACUCGCGGUUUAUUUCGAACGAAAAUAAUAAUCUACCACGAAACGUAUUGAUAUACUUACGUAAUAAAUGAAAUAUUCUUAUUUUUCUCGUUCGUUUUUAUCCCACGCGCGGUCCGGAUCGACCCGCCCCGCCCAUGCUCUAGAAUUGACGACCUCUCGGCGUACAAAAAAUUACGUUCAAUAUUCAUUUUGAUCCGUAUACGCGAAAUUUUUAAUAAUAGACUAUUUAAACAUAAAAUGCACACACACACACACACACACAUUGUGGUAGUCAACAGUUUAUUGCGACAGGCGAAACGCGGGCGUGCACACAAUAUUAUUUUCGUCCAUUAAAACACACCCUUAAAAUUAUGUCGAGGGUCCUGUCCGUUGCGUUUUACAAAAUGUCAACAUUUACAAUAUUGUUGAAUCGUAUAAGUAUAUAUAACUACACAUAUAAGGUUCAUUCGGUUGUAAUAUUCUUAUAUUAGGUACGUGGAUUACGGAGCCUGCUCGUGUGGUCCCUAUAGCCGUUUAAUAUUCUAAGCGCAGCGAGGAAUGUGCGUAUUGUGUUUUUUUUUUCUUUUUUUUAUCAAACUGAUCAAUUUUGAUCGAUACCGGGUAGAAAAACAUAUAAAGAACGGGAAAUUUUACAGAAAUAGCAUAUGAUUUCGUUAUUUUCAAUUUUGUUUUCUUGUUGUUAUAAUUCGAUUUAAAAUAUUCGCAGAGAUUUGAAAUGUUGACUGAAAACUUCUAUCUGCCUUUUCUAGACGUGCGGAUUAUAAAUUUUCAAAUUAUUUUCGAGAUAUUCAUGGACAUUUUAGUUUUGCGAGUUUUAUACGUUAUUUUUAUUCGGUAGGUACUCUGUGGAUAAAAUUGUCAGACUAAACAGAAAUACUUGAACAUUUAACAAAGGGAUCAUUGUAAGUCGUACUCAAACAAAAUAAAAAAAAAAUGAAUGAAGUGUAGUAUUUUUAUUUUUUUUAUAAGAAUUUUAAUAUCAAAUUUUGAAGAAAAUUGUAAAUAUUACGGCCUAGAAUCGUUUUUUGUUUGUAAUGGUUUAUUGUUGUGUACUGACAUAAUUUAAAUAUAUAAUCUCUAUAGAAAUAUAUCUACAACCAUUAGUGCAAUUUUUUUUCCACGUAUAGCCCAUUUUAACUACAGGUGUGCGGCAAAAUGGACUAGGCAUUUUAUUUUCAUUAAAAACCACUUAGAUAAAUUAGAAAACUGAAGAGGAUCAGUAAAUUACAUUUUAAAAAAUCAUUAGACUAUAUUUGAAUUAGGUAAACAAAUUGUUUUAUGAAAUAGACUCACAUUUCAUUUAUAACAAAAAUAAAAAAAAAUAUUAAAUUUUUGAUACCUUCUUGAUAAUCAAAUAACAACACAGGUAGGUUGGUUAUGUAAUAUUAUAAUGAUAAUAUCAACAAUCUUAAUACUUAAAAAUAAUAAGAUUAAUAAAAAUAUUUUUUUUUAAUAAUAUUUGUCAUUUAGUUUAUGAUAUGAUAGUCUAAAUUUAAAUUAAGAAACAUUAAUAUGUUUGUUCUUAUAUCUAUUGGUUUCGUUAUAUCGCAAAUAACAUCUUCAUAAUCGAUUUUUCUGAUAUUUCACCUGACGAUUUUAGCAUUGUUGAUAUUUUUAUUUUUAACUAGCUUAAAAAUUGUUACUAUUGACUAUUAGUAUGUUAAUAAGUUAAUGAGAACUUAUUAAACACAUUUUAAAAUAUUUAUUAAGUAAAUUGUAAUAUUAAUUUUUCAUAGUUUCACUUACUUUUGAGAUCAAUCGUACUUUUGAACUGAAAAAAAAACCGCAAUAAACUAUAAAGCAAUAUGAUAAGUUGAUAAGGAUUGGUUUAUAAAAGUCUUAUUACUUGCAUCAAAAAUCAUUCUUUAUGUUACUGUCAUGAAAGUAUAAUCGGUUAAAUUAAUUUUAUUUAAAACGUCUUGAAAGUUUAAUUGGUAAAUAUCAUCACGUGAAAUGAUAACAGACUACUUUACCUUAACCAGGUUCACUUCGCCCCGUCUUUCUACGGUACCAACCAGAAAUCUAGCUUCAAUCGAAGAACAUCAAGGAAACUAUUUUGUAGUAUUUUAUGUCUAGUUUAUGUAUUGAAGUGGGGGGGUUUAUUUUUUGAUUUUCCUUUUAGUUUACUAAAUAACUGUGAAAACCCAUAGGAAAUACAGUUUUGUUAUUUUUGAUUUUUUAGAUUCUGAGUAGAGUGAGGAAUGUAUUGAUUUUAGAAUGAUGUUUAUUUUAUUUUUUUCUGUGGACAACUUUUCUACCAGUAAUUUUGCUCCUGUUUUUAAGUGUGGCACUUUUUAUGAAAAGAAAUUUGACCGGAGUGGUACUUUAUGGAGGUCGUUUUUUGAUUUUCCCAAAUAAAUGAAAAAACGGGAAAAUGUAUUAAAUGUAUUGUUUUCAAAUCGUAAAUAUUACGGCCUUUUAAAGAAGUAUAACCAAACUCUGCUCAGAAUCGUUUUUCGUCUACUAAUAUUAAUCUUUGCGUACAGAUGUACAUUAAAUUUCUCUUGUAAUGUAGUAUAUUUUAUAUAUAUAUAUAUAUAUAUAUAAUAUAUAGGAGAUUUAAUAUCAAAUUUUGACGAAAAUCGUAAAUAUUACUAUUUAUUUUUCGUUAGCAAUGUUUAUAUCGUUCCUUACAGGUAUAAAUUAAAUAACUUUAUGUAUUCUGUUUACAUUAAAACUUUCCACAUACGUCCUAUAACAGUGGCACACCCGUCCCCAAUAUCUGCAGCUUUUUUUUUUUUGGCACAUAACAUGCUUUGAAGAAAGGAAAUUCUAUCACGCCUCGUAGCAUGAUCCAGUUUCACUUUGCAGUCUUUUGCAAAUAGCAACACUUCCUACAGACCACAUUAGGUUUCAAUUAUUGAUUAAAUAAAAAACCAAAAAGUAAUAAUUCAAAUGGUGAAAAUUAAGCAUAUUCAAACUCUUAAGUUAUACCGUUUGGAAGUAUGUGCAAUUCAAUGUGCCCUGUAAGCAAACUCGGAUUAACACCAUCGUAGGCUCUUGGCACUAAUAAGUAAAAAAAAAAAAACAGUAAAUUGUUAGAUUUGCCACUAAUAAGAAAGAAAAAAAAAAGUUAUCGAAUUCUUUUCGUAGACCCUAAGCUGCUUAGGGUUAACGUUUAUAACUUUUUAUAUGAUAACAAUUUUAACAAAUCUCAAAAAAAAAUUAUUUUACUCCAAAAUAUAUAAAACUACAUUGUCGAAACUAUAAAAAAAAUAACUUCAUUUAUACCAUUUUGCAUAUUUCUUUGUCUUUCCCCACCAGUGAUGAAUUUUUACCUUGAAUCGCCGUUUUAAUUUUCCAUCAUCCCACCUUCCCAUCCCAACCCAAAACACAUCCUACCACAAAUGUAUUGAAAUUUCCGCAGUCUAAAAUUCUUUUAAUAAAUUUUAUUUUAUAAAAACUUAAUAUUUUUUGUUAUAUUUCUGAACACCCAGGCACCCACGAUUCGCCCUUCAGUUGUUUUGUGAAUAUUAAAUUAUAAUAAAAAAAAAAAAUCGUAACCACGCAUUUUCGUCUAUGCGCUAAUACGGCACUGCUUGUAAGAAGUAUUUCUUAUUUCGAAAAAAAAAACAAAAGACAAUCGCAAUCGGUCCGUUAUACGAGGCGUAGAAAUUCUUCUUGUAAAAAGCACGUAAAGUAAAACAAAAAAAAAAAAAAAAACCGAAUCCCUUUAUCAUUGUUCUCUGAACAGUACGCGAGUGAUUUGACUUCGGCGCGAGUAUUCGCAAAGUCCAAUGAACUAACGCGACGACCGAUGUACCUAACAGCGUUUUGCAUACCGCCGCAUCUAACCACAACACUUUUAUGAUAAUUAACUUGUAAAUGACCCUCAUAUUACCGCAAGUCGAAUUAUACGUUACGCGUGUUCGCCAAAAAUGAAUUAUGAUGGUACUUAAGUAGCGAAUUUUUAAAAAGGCACCUAUAUAAUGUGUGUUAUAGAAAAUUGUGAAUACCUGCGAGUACGGGUACCGACGAAAACGAUUACCACGAGCGAACGUACAGGGGUCACUGACUGCGGAGUUGAUAUUUUUUUUGUUAACGUAACGUUUAAAUUAUUUUUUUUGCUGUUUAAGAUAAUGUGGUAUAUUUUGAAACUGUAUUUUAAUAACAAUAUUAUUUAUUGUUAUUGCAAAUUUAUUCCGAGUCCCGCGCGCGUGAUCCCGUCUAUUGAUUAAACGACAAAAUUUUCACAUUGUUGUUGUUCGUAAUAAUGUGUAUGAUGAAUCGUUAGGGCUCCACAAAGGCACAAGAGUGGCCUCACUCGUAGCCUAUAGAAGUACGCCUCUAGAGAUGGAAAUACGUUUUGUCUUGUUUUAUUGUUACUAUUUAUUUAUUUUAUUUUUUUUACUCUCAAAGUUGUAUGAUACUGAAGUAAUUUAUUUAUUUUACAAUUUUAUGGUUUGUACAUAAUUAAUUUAUGCUUAUUUCGGUUAUUGGUUAUUUAAACGAGUAGUGAGUUAAGCCAAAAAAGUCAUAUGAAAUACAAAAGAAAAAAUGAACCGUUGGUUUUUUUCUUCUUUAGGGGCGAGUACAUGCGUUUUGAACGUUUCACGACCGGACGAAACCGGCAGCGACAAAAUUAAUAUUAAAAUACCGUCGUUAUAAUUAUUUUGCCGUUGCGCGAAAAAAAUUCGAAUGCACACGAAUUUAACAGAUAAUUGCAUUUUUCAGCGAAAAACUGUACGAAAAAACUCGUCGUGAGAUAACGUUUAAAUAAUUAUAAUAAUCAAAAAAAAAAAAACAACAACAAACGAACAACCGUCGGUCGCAGAUAGGUACGUGUUUUUUUCGAUUCGUCGACGUAUUUUUAAUCGUUCGGACCUAGGCGUCUAUCGACCGUAAUAACAAUACGAUACUCGUUCUACACCUCGACAUUCCAGAUUUAUUUUUACUUAUUAUUUUUUUUUUUAUCGCGCCUCGCGAUGCACCGUAUGCGAUUAGUAUCGUACCGCGUUUUCCAUGGGAGUUUUGAUAUAAUUAUUUCCCCUCCCCUCCUCCUCCCCCUCUACAACACUAUCGGAACGGUUUCUAUUGUAACGCCGCCACCGUGCGUUGUGCAAAUCGACACGGUCAAAUAUACGCGUACACUUAUGUGAUAUUAUAUUGAUUGGUACACGUAUACGUGUAUAUUAUGUAUGGGUACGAGUAUAUUACACGAUCGAUCCGUGUAACGUCGUUUUAUUGCCAAGAACUAUUAUUGCACUUGAAAUUCGUAAAAGAAGCAUUUGAAAACGUCAAAAAAAAUCACUUUAAACACCGUAAGAACAAAUGGUUCGAGGUUUAAAAGGUCACCUGUCCGGCGACUCGAAAUUAUUAUCGAAUACAUAAUUUUGUUCGAAUAAAAUUGUACAAAUUGCAAAAAAAAAAAUAAUAAUAAUAUUUACUUUGGGUUAGUAAUUAGUGAAGCAUUAGAAAAUUGUAUUUAAUAAGUCAAAGCCCGAUAGUACAUUUAAACCCUUCUGCCGUUUCUGCUUUUUUAAAAUAUUUUUCGAGUGCUUUUUUAGAGAUUUGUUGACGGUUUUAAGCGGUUUUUUUUUCAUGGAUUUCAAGUGCAAUAAAUCCCGAACUAUAGUUAUUAUACUGUAUUCUAUGUAAACCAACUGUUUUUAUCACAUAAGUUUUAUAUCUUUUUAUCUAUUAUAAGUUAUAAAACUUAUGUUUUUUACCAAAAAUAUUGCAUGAAUAAGAAAGCCGUUUUUCGAUGCUCCCAUAUUUUUUUUGUUGUUUUUCAGUUUAAAAUAUUUGUAGAGACUUGAAAUUUUGACAGAAAACUUAUAUUUUCUUUCUCUAGACGUGAUAAAAUAUUCAAAAUAUUUGAGAUAUUUUAAUAUUUCGAGUUUUUUUAUGUAAUUUUCAUUCGAUAGAUAGAUACUCUGUGGAUAAAACUGUUUGACCAAACAGAAAUGCUUGGACAUUUAACAGGAGGUUUAUUAUAAGUCGUAUUUAGUGGUCAAAAAAAAGAAUUUACUAUAAUGUAGAAUUUUUUUUUUUUUAUAUAUAAGAAAUUUAAUAUCAAAUUUUAACGAAAAUCGUAAUUACCUAUUACUUUCAAAUCAUGUAUAACCGAACUUCGCUCAGAAUCGUUUUUAGUUAGCAAUGAUUAAUCGUUACGUUCAGAUAUAGGUACAUUAAAUCAUCCACCCUUUAUAUCUUAUCUGUCCAACUUCCCUGACGUACAACAGUGGCCCACCCAUCUUGCGAAUUAUGUUCGUUUGUUUAAUUUUGGCACGCUGAAAAAUAGCGUGUGUGCAAAAUUUAAAAAAAAAAAAAAAAAAUGUUAAAUUCUGUUAAUACGGUGUGCCACUGUUGGAAGGGUCGAUAAUAUACAGAUGAUGUUUGAUUUAUAUCUGUACGCAACGAUAUUUAUUAUUUGAAUAUAAAAUAAAACUCGAGUGAUUAAUAAUAAUUGUUACAUGAUAUUUGUGCAGGUAGUACCUGUUAAUUGGUAUUUUCAUUUUUUGAUCUGUAAAAGCGUAAUAUUAUUAUGAAGUUAUUCGAUCUCGUAAUUUAAAAUGGUAAACGACCGUUCACGGUCUAACAAUGAUACGUUUAUGGUAAAUCUAUAAUAUUAUACUUUGAUUAUAUUUAAUUAUAAUAAAUUAAAUGAAGUCAAGUUUAUUUUAACUUUUUUAAGUGACGCUAAUUUUUUACGGACCUUAUACAUAAUUAUGUGAUAUGGUUAAAGGGUAAAUGGAGAGAUAAAAAUCGAAAGAGUGGAUUUGGAUUUUGCCUGUGUAGGUACUAAAUAUACAUUUUGUCUAGAGCCGGUUUUAUCCUCGAUGUACUAGCCAGACCAAAAAUGCUUUACAAAAGCUCUCGCGUCGUGUUUUUUUUUUAUCGGAGUUAGAUUUCUAGAAGAAAAGUCGUAUGCAGACAAACAAAAAAUAAAAAUUCGCACACCUUGUUGUAAAACCAAUACAUUCCCCGCUGCGUUCAAAAUCUAAAAACAGAAAAAAACCCAUAAACCCAAUCUUCCAUAUUGUUUUUGGCGACGGUCCAGAACAGUGGUUCUUAACCUUUUUCGUUUCGGCGAAGACCGCUGCAACUGCGCAUGGGUGCCGUACACAUUGGAAAUUUCGGACCGAAGUGGCCAUCCCAAAAUCGUUCUGAAGCAGAAAUUAUCGGCGAUAAUACCGCGAGAUUUUCGGUGUUCCGGACGGGGGGAAUAACGAAUCGAUUUCUCUCGCGGUCUCUGCAAAACCGCAUUUUCGAAUAACAGCAGCAGCAGUGCGACCGCUGCCGCCAAUGAAUUAUUACUGUUUUUUUUUUUUUUUAUUAUUCUCAUAUAUAUACAUCAUAAUAAAUUAACUGUCGAUUAUAAUGAUUUUACCGCGAUUUCGAUCGCAUUAUUAUCGUAUAUCCUCAUCGCGGUGACGGCGUUGUUAGGUGUUUACGUAGCUUAGAAAGUCCGAACUCGUCGUUCUGUAGGCGGCGCGUUAUUAUUAUAAUAAUAAUACCCAAAUAGCAAUUGCUUGACGGACAUUCGCGUCGUUUUCGCGAUCGAUAGACCGUGUAUACUACAGGGCGUUUUUGAAACCAACGACUACCGUGAUGAUAAUAAUAAUAAUAAUAAUAAUCGGCGUUCGUUGUAGUUGUCGAAAAAAACACAUCUACGAUCGAAAUCGUAACCUAAUAUCGUUUCGGGAUUUUCGCAGAUAUAUCAUCACCUCCGGUGGAACACCAAUCCGGCGGAACAACGGUGGAUUAUCCGGAUAUUGUUCAUCGUGCCCAUUUACGCGCUCCACUCGUGGGUCAGUCUGUUGUUCUUCAACAACGAACACUACUACGUUUACUUCUUUACCAUCAGGGAUUGCUACGAAGGUAAGCGCGCGUGUUAUGACAAAUACGACGACCGUCCGACAGGUUAAAAAAAAAAAAAACAACGGAAAUCCUUUUGCUGUUGUGUUUCGCGUGCGCCGCCCGCGAGACGAAUAUGGCGCGUAGGUAAAUUACAACAACAACAAUAAUAAUAACCGUUGUGUUUUCUCCGUAGCUUUCGUGAUAUACAAUUUCAUGAGUCUGUGUUACGAAUACUUGGGCGGCGAAGGGAACAUAAUGAGCGAAAUCCGUGGGAAACCCAUUCAGUAAGUGCUGUGCGGCGGCGAACUUCCGUUUUUUUUUAUCAAAACAUCACAAUCGUAUGCGAUGCUCUGCGACAGCCGCUGCGCCCACGCUCUCGUCGAGCGGCGGUUGUUCAAAUAACAAUAUUAUUUUUGUCUAUUAUUUGCACGCGAAAAAAAAAAAUAAUAAUACAUUUAAUUCAAUACACAUAUUUGCACGAUUUAUUAAUUUUUUAGGUCUAGCUGGCAAUACGGGACCUGUUGUUUGACGGGACGCACAUACACGAUCGGUUUCCUGCGUUUUUGCAAGCAAGCGACUCUGCAAUUUUGUUUGGUGAAACCGGCGAUGGCGUUCGUCAUUAUAUUUCUACAAUACGUCGGACAUUAUCACGACGGCGAUUGGAGGUAAAACGCAAUUAACGCCUAUAACGCUACUUGCGCGUGUUAUAACGUUGCAUACCGUGUGGGGAAAAAAAAAUUUUUUAAUACGAUACGCGUAUUUUCGCAGCAUGGACGGUGGAUAUUUGUACGUCACGGCCAUUUACAAUUUGUCCGUCAGCUUGGCUCUUUACGGACUGUUCCUGUUCUAUUUCGCCACCAGAGAUCUCCUGAUACCAUUCGAACCGGUCUUGAAGUUUUGCACCAUCAAAAGUGUCAUUUUCCUGUCGUUCUGGCAAGGUAAUAUCCCUUUCGUAGCCAGGACGUUAUUGAUGGUGAAUCGUAAUAAUCGGUAUUUUUCUUUUAAAGGUGUAUUGCUGGCAGUUUUGGAAAAAGCCAAAUUCAUCGAUCCGGUCAUUGAUUCCAGCGGUCAACCCACAAGCGCCGGUACAGUAUCGGCUGGCUACCAAAACUUUUUGAUCUGUAUCGAAAUGCUGUUUGCCGCCCUGGCACUGAGAGCCGCUUUUCCGUACGAGGUAUACGCCAACAAUGCACAAACCACCACGGGAAAUCCGACCAGUUCGCGCACUGUUACUAUGCAGAGUAUUUCCAGUAGUUUAAAGGUGCGCGUAUACAAAUCAAAUUGUGUACUUAUCUAUAAUAAUAUGGUUAAAAUGGUUGAACAUUUUUUUUUUUAUUUUCCCCAAGGAAUGUUGAUCACAAUUUUUCUUUUUUUUAUAUUUAUAAUUAUUCAGGAGACAAUGAAUCCAAAAGAUAUAAUGACAGACGCCAUACAUAAUUUCCAUCCACAGUAUCAACAAUAUACACAGUACAGUUCAGGUAAAAAUGUUUACUAACCGUGGCAUGUGUAUUUUUUUUUAUUUUUGAAUUGCUGUUUGCAUAUUAUGAAGACUGUGGACAAUGACCAAAAAUAAAAAAUUAAAUACUAUUUUUUAUUUUUAUGCAUUUUUUUUUCAGCAUGAUUAUUGUUUAAAAAAAAAAAUACUGUUUUAUAUACAAAAUACAUAUUAAAUAGUAUACACAUAUUGUUAUUAUGUAUAUUGAAUUUCAUAUAAUGCUUAUUGCAUUCAAGCUUAUUUAGUUAAACAUUUGGCAUUACUAAAUCUUUUUAAGUUUCCAGUAACAAUGAUUAAUUAAUCAUUUUGAAAUUACAGUUUAAAAAAAAAUCAAUCAAAUAUUCUAAAAAUAGAUAUUGAUUUCUCUAUUAACUAAUAAUAUAAGACAAAACAACAGUAAGUAUUCAUUAAUUUUGUUUGAUAAAUUAUUUUUUGACUGAAGUGAUUAGCUAAAGUAUUCUAGACAUGUUAACAAUCUAUAAUUAUAUACUACAAAGAAGUAUUUUAAAAAUAGGUUUUUAUUUCCUUUUACACAUUUUUUUUUUUUUUUUAAUCUAUAAGACAUAAUUGCGAAAAAUAUAUAUAUAAUCAAACUAAUACUGAAAAAAAGAUCUUUAAAAUAAAAAUAUUGAAAACAUUUGAUUUUACGAUCAUAAAAUUAACAAAAAAUAUGGAUUGUUAAUUUUAUAUACAACAAUAAUAAUAUACAGUAUAAAAAAAAAUAAAAGCAACUUGUAUAUUGUUUUCAUUCAUUUGAGAUACCUAUGUUUAUUAUUAUUGUUUUGAAGUUACAAAACUUACAUAGUCAGUUAUAUUUUUAUUUGCAGACGUUGGUUCCUCUCAGCCUUACGAAAAAUUAUAAGCAUGGCCAGGUGUUUUCAUUGUAAUUUGCUCUCUUCAUUAUUAUUUUUUCAACCAUUUAAAAUUCAUUCAUUUUAUUUAUUUAUUUUUUUAUAAUUUUUUUUUUUCUAGAUUUUAUGUUUAUAAUUGUUUUAAUUAAUAUUUUUAUAGAAUUACUUGUACACAGAUUAUUAUUAUUAUUAUUUUUUUUUUUUAUAGAAAAAAAAAGGUUUUAAUAGUUUUUAUGUUUGUAGUGUAAUUAAAAUGUGUUUAAUAGCUUGAUUUUUUUUCUUUAUCGGGUUGUUGCAAUGUGAUUUUAAUAUUUUAUUUUUUUGUUAUUGAGUACUUAACUCUGUUAAAAAACUUACCCUUGUUAUUUGCAUCAUUUUUUCUAUCUUUGUUGGUAAAAAAAAUGACAAUGUACCUAUAUUUUCAAUAAAUAGUUAGGUACUUUACUUAUGUUUCCUCCUUUGUUCUUACUAGUCAAUAAUCUUCUUCAGAAUAGUAAGUACAUGUACAUCUAAGUAUUGUCUUGUUUUUGUUUUAAUAAACUUAACAAAAACUCGUUUUAAAUCAUUUUUUUUUUUUUUUUUUUUUUUUAAUUUUUAUACAUUUAUUGCUUGUUCGUAAGACAUUUAUUUGUAAGCCUGUGAUCUGUAUUUAAAAACUAGUAGUUUAAUUUAAAUUAUUAUGUAAUUGUACUAAUUUAAAACUUUUACAUUUACAUAUAUAUAUACAAAAUCAUUAAGUAUUUAUACAAAACUAUGUACAAUUUAAUAACUUUUUAAGAUUUAGUAUAUUUUGUUAGGUGAGCACUAUUUUAUUACUAAUAGUAACAAGUGUUUGGGAAACAACCCUCGCAAUUUGUAUUUUAUUUUUCAUUAAAUGUAAAAUUUGAUUAAAAGACAUUUUUUUUCCACUUCUGUUUUCUUAAUUUAAGUAUUAAAUAACAUGUUUGGUAUCCAAUUUUCCAAUUACUGUUUUUUAAUUAUCUAAUGAAAGAUUGAUGAAAAUCUGGAAAACCUGGAAUAGUCGGGGAAUUUGUAUACAAUUUUGGAAUUUUAAUAUCAAACCUUAAUAUUUAUAUACAUAAAUAUUGAAUAUCUGAAAUUUGAAAAAAUAAAAUAUAUUAAAUACUAUAUAUUUUUUAAAUCACGUUCAUACAUUGUUACAUUUAUUAAUUUACUAAUAUAAAUUAUAAUAAAUCAAGAAAAAAAAAUUAAAAUAACAAACAUAUUAAUUUUAAUACAUAUUAUUUGUUUAUUCUGGUUUAAACUGGAUACAACAUUGAAAAGUCAGAGAAUAGUCAAGGAAAAUACAAAAUGGAAUAUCGUGGCAACCAUGAACAUUAUUACAAAUACAAAAUUGUGUUUAAAGUUGUUCUGAAUAUUACAGGUGGCCAAAAAAAUUAUGGAUCGAAAAGCAGUGGAAUCAAAGAUAACAAUGGAAAAUCAAAAACGGCAAAAAAACAGACACCAGUAUACAAUGAAAAGGCAAUGUUACUGAGCUCUGAUGAAGAAAUACCUUAAAAAUAAUAAGCCAUCCUUGAUUUGAUGCUUUAAUAUCCUUAUUAACGUAGUCGCCCUAUUAUUAUUA